CAUUUUUCUAUCGCUUUAAAUUUCUCGAUAAUAAAAGCAGAUUAGUUGUUUUUCCUUGAAAAUACUACAAUUUUCAUAGACAUUGACAUUGAAUACUCAUCAACUUCCGGUUAACAGCAGCUGAUUUUGACAGUUCUUAUUCCCGCUCAAAAACUUGUCCUGAGUUUAUUUUCUGCCUUUGUAUAUACCUGAUUUCUGUGUUGACCUUCAAUUUUAAACUAUUGUGCUAUCCUUUUGUGCCGUCAUGUCUUGCUUCUUGAACUCACCAACUUUUGUGGAGUAUCGGACGAGUCCGCAGCAAAAGGCGAAAUCGCGGCAGGCGGCCUUUGAUAAGAAAUAUGGGUCGCCAAAGCUGAAUUUGUUGCGGCAGAAAUGUCGUAAUCGAGCCAAAGCGGAGAGGAACAACAACUACACAUCAGGAAGGAGACUUUUUGGGGAUCAGGCCAAUAUCCAAAAAAUCAUCCUUGAAGAGCUAGCUGAACUGGAUAUGAAACUUGAAGAAGAGAUCCUAAAAGAAAUUCUCCUUAACGUCGACAUAUGGCUCGCCGAAACUGUCGAGGAAGAGGAAAACUAUCUGCAGAGUAGCGAAAAUUCAUCAAGAGACGUUUUUUGUCCGAUUUGUCAAAAGUUAAUUUUGGAACCAUCAUCAAUUGAGCCGAGCGUCCUUACUUGCAAGUGUGGAAUAAGAUUCCAUUUCUCUGGAUCGUUGAGUGACUUUCAGCAAAAAAUCGACGGAGUAGUUACAAAUCAUGGGGCCAAUUGCGAUGCGAAUGUGUACUUUUUCAUAGAGCCAAAGGGUCAAGUUUUGGUCCUCAACACCUUUUGUGAACAGUGUGAUUUCUUUCAGUCAAUUUGUUAAAGUUUUGUUGUGGGGAGGGCAAGGACUAUUAAUUUAUUAGAUUUAGAAAAAAUAUGGAACUUGGAUAUUUGCCCUGAAAUUUAUCGGAAAUGAGGCACGGCGAGCAAAUUAACGAAGCUUAGUUGCGAUUAAAAUUAAGUUAUUGGUUAGUGUGUAUAAAUCAUUAUAUGUAAGGUUACAAUUUAAGACAAUGCUCCAAGUAUUCGUGUUGAGCGGUGAUUAUUUGUUAGUGUUUAGUUUGUUAUUU